AUCCCUUUCUCCCAUUAUUUCUUUCUCCUUUUAUUCUUUCUUUCACUUUCCAGUCGACUUUUACGCCUGAAACUUCCAUUCCUGUUCCUGAGCAAACGACUCGCGCUAUAAAAUUGUGCUGUCUAUUUGCCCCUCUAGAACAUAGUCGCUGAUCCUCUUUUCUUCCAUUCCCUCUCUUUCUCAUUUCACUUUCUCAUCUUAAUUUCUUUCGUCAUGUCCUCCUCGCCUGGGGCCACCUCGCCUUCACUCGCCUCUAACCGUACACGCUCUGGCUCCCGUACUGGCUCCGUUUCUGCUCCGGGUCCAAAUGCACCUUCGUCUACCCCCUCUGCUCCCUCCCCAACCGCAUCUCACUCCACUUUUAUCCCAUCCAGUUUCAUCAAACACGCCACGCUCGUCAACAACUGUUACCCAUCCCGUCCGGAGGAAAAAGGCCCAAAAGCCAGCGAACUUUCCUAUCUUGUCUUUUAUACGACUUCCAAGCCUGCCAAACUGACCAAGGUUGGCAACUUUAUCGAGCGAAGAGUUGUUCGUGACUACCGCAAAAAGAAAUUCUCUGAUGUCCAUUGUUCGCUCGAGAUCAUCAAGGCUCUUCUUCUUGAGAGCAAGUCCCAUUUGAAUAUCUUUUCCAAAAACAUCGUCAGCAUCCUCGAUGCACUUUUGGUCGACACUUCAAACCUUGAUAUCGUGAGACAUUGUCAAAAUGUCUUUUCUUGCUUCUGCGGCGCUCAUGACGGCUCCACAUUGGGUGUUGAUAGCGAGUUCAGAACUAUCUAUUACAGAGUCGUCGACCGUUUUGCAAAGCUCAGCGCACAUAAUGGCGAAAACAGUCACCGCUAUCGGAUGAUCGGAUUGAGAGCAUUGGAAGCUGUCGUUUCAUCCCGCGCACUUUAUGCAUCUGAUUUCAAAGCCCAACUCAACUUGGUCCUGCCGGCAAUACUCGACCGCCUCAUUGACUCCAAAAAUGGCGUCAACAUUGCUCUGGACGACUCGCCUAAUACGACAUCGCUCCGUCGUUCAGUAUCUAUUCAUAUUGCAGUUCACCCCGACAACAUAGUGACAGACGAGGAUGUUACGGCAGAAGCUCUUAGAUGUCUUCGUGCCCUCCUCAAGAAUCCUAAUGGCGGUGAUGUAAAGCUCGCUCUAGGGCCCACAUUUUCGUAUUUAGAUGGCCAUAGUCGUUGGUGGCCAUCCUCCUUUAACGUUGAAAUUAUCAAGGCCAUCGUGAGAUCCAUUUUGCCACAGUACCGAUACAUGGCUGUGAAUGAAAUUAUUUCCCGCAUUGAUGAUGUGGAUUCAACAACUACUGAUGCCAUCUUGCGCCUUCAGAAAAAGGCUACAUUGAUCUCUGCUUCGGAAGCUAUUUUGGUAUCCUCUGUUUCGCUCAUUGGAAUGCCAGUUCUGGAAGUUCUCCAUUCGCUAUUGGUAUUCUUAAUAAAGUCACUCUCAGCCAGUGCCUCAAUGAAUAAGAAUAACCAGUCCAGCCAAAUGCACUCUUUGGAAGUUGUGAUUCAGGAAGGCCUUAUAAAGAGCAUUGGCGGGCUUGCAACCCAUAUCUACUACUCAAACCAGGUGCCCCACAUUAUCUCUCACAUUGCAAAAAAGCUUUCAUUCAAGCUCGGCACCGCCCCUCAGCCCGAAACAAUUGAGGGUGUACCCACUGUAGAAUACCGUGCAGCCUUGCUCAAGAGCUUGCAGGCAGUGAUUAGGACGAGCAAGGAAAGUGGUCGCCAAGGCGCCAAUUUCCAUGCUACAGAAAUUUCGUCCGAGCUCUUGACACCAUGCCUCGGUCUUUUAUUGGAUGGGCACGUUGAGAUCCGAACAGCCUUUGCGCAGGUACUUGUCUCCUUUUUGGCCACAGAAGACGAAAACAUAGCCGAUGGUAUGGGAUUGUCUCCGAUGAUAUCGAUCCCAUCUACCUCUGGAGACCUGUAUUUCCGUGCAGCAGCACAUCAGACCUUGUAUGCCUACGCAAGCUCCUCGACCUUGACUCCCAAGGAUUUAGUGGCCAUCUAUGGCAUCUUGAAGGCUAUGCUUAACCAUUUCCAGGAUGAUGAAUUUAUUCGAGUUGUCCCCAUGCUCUUUUCCUUGCAAGAUUGGUGUUUAAACCAGCCUUUGGAAGAGCAGCAGGAUGAUGCCAUUGAGGUGGCGCGCAAGCGCGCGGUGGCAGCGCUUAUAGUCUCGUACUUUCAGAUGGCUGUCUCGAUCUAUGAUAUGACUGAGCCUCAGGAGUACCUCCAAAAUAUCAAGAAAUCCAGAGAGGAUGAGUUGCAAUGGGUUCCUAUCAACUACGGGGCUAUGGAAGAGUCAUUGGCUCGCACCUCAGAGUUAACUUGGGAUGAAGCUUCAGAGCCCCUGAGUCCUGUACUGAGUCAUCCUCUUGCACGUGAGCACCUGGUCACUUUACUGACGACAGUCUCUGAUCGAUUUAGUGCUGGAGCAGAUCGAUUUAAUCAAGUGUUUAAUCCUGAAGCUCAGUCUGGACUGUUAGGUUCAGGUGAUAGUCGAGAAUUUGGUAGUGGUCUGUUCUUGUCCACAGGUACGAUCAAUGGGGUCUCUAGCAUUCUUGGUCACAAGUUGGAGCGGAGUAUGGACAGCCGCAUUCGCGUCUCACGUCAUUUGGAGGAUUGGGCCUUACCCAAGCUUGCCCCACAGUCAAUGAAUUCUUCCAUGGACUUGUCGACUACACACUCUGAAGAUACAUCCAGGUCAACAGUGAGUGGGGAGGGUGGAAUGCUUUCGUUGGAUGAUCCAUCAAUGCCUAGCAAGAAGAUUGGUGUUGAUAAUCUAAAGGCAGCUCUGGCGGCGGCACAAAUGGCAGUGGAUAGCUCGAGUGAUACGGGCAGCUCCAGUCCUGGAAGUGUCACUCGUAGCCCAUCAUCCGCUACAACGACACUUCAACGAUUUUAUCCAUUAUCUAUCCAUUCGCAAACACUUCGUAAGCAUGGUGCCUCACCUUCUAGUGGGUCCACAGCAUCGACGCUUGCUUCACGACCUGACCUUGCAGAUCUGUUGAAUACUAUCCAGGUGGAAGGUCCAAGAAAGAAUAACACUCAGAUGUCACUUGUGGUCCCACCGUAUGUGUAAUGAAAUACGUUUUAUUAUGUUACUACUUUUUUUCUUUAAUGUCCUCUUAU